CCCAGCCCCCAAACCGUGUUGGUGACGCCACAACCUGGAGAGAUGGCGGAGCAGGGUUCGGGCCGUUCCUUGGGCUCCUAUUCUCCCGUGGAUUAUAUGAGCAUUACCAGUUUCCCCCGUUUGCCCGAGGAGGAGACCGGGGGAGAGCAGGGCCCUCGGGCUGGAGAGGAGGAUACGUUCCUGGGGGAGCAUGACUCGGACCCCGACGCUUUCCUGAAAUCAGCCCGCCUACAGCGGCUUCCUUCUUCCUCCUCUGAAAUGGGGAGCCAGGAUGCCUCACCCCUCCGAGAGACCGUCAAGGACCCUUUCAGCUCAGACUGCAGUUGUAGACAGGAUAGCCUUACCGUUAUCAUUACGGCUUGCGUGACUUUUGCUCUUGGGGUUACCAUAGCACUUAUCAUGCAGAUCUAUUUUGGAGAUCCACAGAUCUUCCACCAAGGGGCAGUGGUGAGUGAUGCUUCCAGAUGUACUGCUCUGGGCAUAGAGGUAUUAGAGAAAAGGGGCAGCUCCGUUGAUGCCGCCAUAGUGACUACCCUUUGUCUUGGAAUUGUCAAUCCUCACACAUCUGGUAUUGGAGGAGGCGGAGUGAUGCUUAUUCAUGACAUCAGAAACAACAUAUCAAAUGUUAUUGAUUUCCGAGAGACAGCUCCGGCUUCUAUCCAUGAAGAGCUGGUGAGACACUACUGGAAGGAGAGGCCUGGAAUUUUGGUUGGAGUUCCUGGAAUGCUGAAAGGCCUCUCAAAAGCCCAUGAGAUGUAUGGGAAACUUCCGUGGCAAGAAGUAAUUUCUAUGGCAGCUGAAGUGGCACACGGGGGUUUCAAUGUGACCCACGAUUUGGCUGAGGCAAUAAAUGAGUCCAGGGGCCAGACUUUCUCAAACACCUUCUUGGAGACCUUUCUACCAGAUGACAAACCGCUUAUGGCAGAAACGUUCAUCCGGAGGCCGGACUUAGCAGCCAUUUUGUAUGCUGUAGCAAAAGGAGGGAUAGAAGCUUUCUAUAGCAGCAACCUGACACAGGAAAUGGUCUCAGAGGUAAAUGCAUAUGGGGGUGUCCUGGCAGAAGAGGAUUUCAGCAACUACAGUGUUCUAGUAGAGAAACCAAUGCAGACCGUUUACCAAGGCCACCUUGUGUUUGCACCACCAGCUCCAAAUGCCGGCCUCGCCCUGAUAACGGCCCUCAACAUCUUAGAAGGGGCAAACCUGACCAAGCAGACUCCCCGUGCAAGUGCCCUUCACUGGAUAGCUGAGACCCUCAAAAUUGCCCUUGCCACAGCUAGCACUCUGGGGGACCCCACACAUGACCCCUCAAUGCCCGGCUUUGUGAAGGAGAUGCUGAGAGAGUCUGAGAUCAAUUUCCUCCGUCAGCGCAUCAACGAGUCCCAUGCCGCCCCCACAGAACAUUACAUGCCCUUCUACAACCUGGAAACCGGAUCUGCUUCCAGCCAGGCCUUAGUGGUCGGACCAGAUGAUUUCAUUGUGGCUGUGGUGAGUUCCCUGAAUCGUCCUUUUGGCAGUGGAAUUAUGACAUCCUCCGGCAUCCUUCUUAACAGCCAAAUCCUUGAUUUUUUCUGGAGCAACAGAAGCAACAGAACCUCAUUUCCCAGCCCUAGUAAUACAGUUGAACCAGGAAAAAGGCCUCUGUCCUUCCUGCUUCCCACAGUGGUACGGCCAGCUCAUGGUCUGUGUGGGACCUACCUCUCACUUGGGGGGUCAAAUGGGGACCGUGCUUUGACUGGGAUUACUCAGGUCCUGCUUAAUGUCUUGUCCUUUAACAAGAACCUGAGCGACAGCGUAUCCAAUGGGAGGCUUCACCCUGACCUGCAGACCAGUCUUCUGGAAGUUGAUGGAGACUUCCCAGAGAACGAUACCCUGGGCCUGGAAUCCAAGGGCCAUCUCCUCCGGAAGAUACCAAUUUUGUCCUUAGUUCAUGGUUCACGGAGGAGCAACGACCUCAUUAUCGGAAUAAAGGACCCACGCAGCAAAGACGCUGGAGCAUCCACUAUCUUGUAGAUCCUUGCAAGGUGCACCUACAUGCACCAUUCUGAAAUGCACCCGUUUUUGGGAAGCUCACCUGGCUUAUCGGAGGCACUUAAUUAAAGGAACAAACCACCAUAAAUACCAGGGAUUGGGUUGUGCAGAAACACAGUAUGCUAAAGGAAAAUGUCUUUGAUUCAAUUUCUCCUAGCAUAGCAAUUUGUCUCAGUAACACCACCUUGAUUAAAUAAUACAGACUUAUCUUGAUAAAGAAAAAUCAGUUGUGACCGAACACAUGGAAGAGGCUGUGGUUUUCUGUCCUUAGAGUUCUAGGCUAUUGGUGGACUACAAAUUCCAAAUUGCCCAGGUUAGUGAGCGCUGAGAGAUGGCGAUUGAUAUAUUAUUUUCCAGACCUUAGUUGAUGUUGAUUGCUACUUUUAUUCUCAAAUCUGACAUUUUACAUCACUAUAGUAACUGCUGCUCUCUGAAAGUAGAUAUUUUUUCCCCAUUUUUCUCUUUCUAUUCUAAAACUCAGCGUACAUUUUCCCUUAAGGUGGCCAUACAAGGGCAGAUUCAAACUGCCAUUUUGGACCCUACAGACUGAUUUGGCAGCUUAUCUGCCUAUGUACAGGGACCUACACCAGGCUUACCCGACCAAUAUCUGGCCAAAUAUCAGGCAGAUGUCGACCGGGCAGGUUUGAUUUUCCUGUCGGACCGAGGACCGAAUCAGCUCACUUUACAGUCCUCGCCCUGACGGCUUGUAUACCAAUUGGUGCCCCAUUGUUGAAAGAUCCACUCGUUUUGGGAUCACCCCAAACAAGCGGAACUUAUAAUGUAUGGCCAGCUUAAGAUCAGAAUGGACCAACAUGAUGGUUGCAAGAGUCUAUAGUUACAUGGGGUGCUCACAGGAAAAUGUUUCCUUGUUUAUAUUGCAUUGGUCAUAAAUACAUGUUAUUACACUAUUACUACAUUAGUAAAAUUGGGCAUAGUUGAUAGUGACAAGAUUUAAAAAGCAUUGCCUUCUUCAAGAGCUAUUUAAAUUCCCAAAAUCCAGUGCUCUUUGUGAGAUAUGUCUCCUUGUGGUUGGAGACUUUGGAGACAAAAAGAAAAGGGCAAGUCACCUUUUUGCCUGUGUAACCUGUGGAAGGAACCACGGACCAUGCCUCAUUCUGUAAGUAUUGUACGGGUAGGAAACGUAUCUGCAUCAUGUAGAAUAUUUCGUGCCAAAUGUAUACUUAGCAUGAGUCCAGACUGUGCUAUUUGUCUUGAUCCUGCUGUGAUACAGAACUGAUUUACUAAGAAACAUUUCACUUUUGGCCCAGGGCAGAGACUGCCGACGUCUCUAAAUGUGACUGUCAUUUUGCCUUUUAAUAGCAGCAAGUCUGUGAUUCACAAACUGCAUUUGAAAAUAAAAUGAAUUUCCUGAUUCGAGGA